AUGGCUGGUGGUGAACGUGAUGUUAGAGCGAAGGACCGAGUGAUCCUACGCAGAGAUCAGAUAAUAGCUCGGAUUCGUCAAGUGCACGUGUUGGCUACUAGUUCAGCCUCUGAUCAAUUAAGUCGAGCUCAGCUAGCUGUAGCUAUAGCCGACCUUGAUACAUUGUGGACUAAUUUUGAGGUAGAGAAUAGCAACCUGUUAGACAUACUAUCUAGCUUAGACCAACUGGGGGAGUACUCGUUGGAUGUUGAGACCGAUACUCGAUCGUUGGUCAUUGAAGCUAAAGCCUUAUGCAACGCUGCUCAGACUGCUCCUGUCACUGGCGUUGGUGCUAUUCAUCAGGUGACUGAUAUUGUUACCACGGAUAACGCUAGCUGCUCAGCUAGUACCUCUAAGGAUUGCUCAGGUCCUAUGGUUGGUAAAGCCUUAGUACCAUCAAAGUUACCGGACAUACCAUUGCCAUAUUUUGAUGGUGAAUGCCAGAAUUGGCCAGCCUUUCGGGACAGGUUUAAGGCAUUGGUUGAUGAACGUCCAAAUAUCCCGAAUAUAGAAAAGUUUUAUUAUUUAUUGGGGUGUCUUCAUGCUGGUCCGCAAGAUGUAGUUAAAGGGUUUACGGUUUCAAGUGAAACGUAUACUUUAGCUUGGGAUGCCUUAGUAGAGAGGUACGAUAAACCUCGCAAGCUCGCGUCGUCGAUCAUAGAGAAGUUAGUGUCUGCUCCUGUCGCUACUUCGGAAACUUUUGCCGCUCUGCAAACUUUCUUAUCGACGUUUGAUGAAAACAUUGCAAUUCUUGAAUCGCUCCAAAUUCCCGAUCUGUCUUCGUUUUUGCUCUUUUCGUUGGCUGCUAGGUGCUUACCAGUGUCUUCAAGGCGGCUGUUUGAGUCGGAAAACACUGAAGAGUACCCGUCCAUUCAAAACGUGAUUAAGUUCGUGAAACAAAGAAUGCAAGUCAUAGAGAAUGCUGGAGUCCAGCAGACCGGAAGCUCGUCCAAACCUGUUCGUAAUAAGUCCAGUGCUCCCCGUCGAGAAGGGAAGAUUGCGUUGUUGUCUUCGGCAAAACCUGCGUCGAUGAAAUGUGUCAAGUGCUCUGGCGCUCACCGGUUAGCAGACUGCCCCACAUUUAAGGCUUUGUCAGUUGAUGAACGUUAUGAAAUAGUAUGUACGUUUCGGUUGUGUAUGGUCUGUUUGGGUGAAGGUCAUAUGUCGUUCAAAUGUUCUUCGUCAUGUUCCGUCUGCAAGAGACGCCAUCAUGCAUUGCUUCAUCGAGAACCUAACCCGAAGAAAGUUAGUCCGCCAGCUGCUCUGCUAGGUCGUGAAGAAGCGCCCACAGUAUUGCUCGGUACUGCGGUAGUACAUGCUCGAGAUACUGUAGGAAUUUGCAGAUCCGUACGCGUCUUAAUAGACUCCGCGUCGCAGAUAAGCGCGAUCACUUCCGCGUGUUGUGACCGUUUGGGAUUACAGCCCUCGCGUUGGACAGUACCUGUCACUGGGUUAUCGGGUCAAAAGGUUCCGGAUGUGCAUGGUGUUGUACAGCUGACGAUCCAGCCUCGCGACAAUCCCGCUCCAGCCAUUCAGGUGAAACCAUGGGUGCUCGACUCGAUUACCUCCAACAUGCCAGCGCGACAGUUGCCAGCUCAGGUGCGGGCCAGAUGUAAUCAUUUAUCGUUAGCAGAUCCGCAAUUCGAUAAACCAGCUCCGGUUGACCUGCUUGUCGGUGCAGAUAUAUUCCCGCAAAUUUGGAAUAACCAAAGCAGCUCGUUAGGGCCAGGAUUUCCCUCCGUCUAUAGCUCGAUUUUCGGUUGGGUCCUGAUUGGUCCAGUUCAGGAACAUCCAGACAUUGGUGCUCAAUCCAUGCUGACGUCAUUGGAUUCUUCGAUGGAGUCCAUCAUGGAACGAUUCUGGAUGGUAGAGGAACCUGAGACUGCUCCGCCUCAGUUUACAGAAAAUGGUUUGUGUGAAGAGCUGUUCUGCUCUGAGAUGAGUCGGGAUUCUUGUGGUCGCUUUUCUGUGCCUCUCCCAUUUCGCUCGGGUCGGUCAGUAAAAGGUUUUCCGGGUUCUCGACAGGUGGCUCUUAAUCGUCUGCUGAAUCUAGAGAAAAGAUUGUCCGCGGAUAAAAUCCUGUAUAAUGCAUACCGUAAGUUCAUGGCCGAGUAUGAAGAAUUAGGCCAUAUGUCCCGCGCUGAGGGAGAAGGGCAAUAUUUCAUUCCUCAUCAUGCCGUUUACAAGACCGAAGGAGACGAAACGAAGCUGCGGGUAGUGUUCGAUGCCUCUGCGAAAUGUCAUUCCGGGAUAUCGCUCAACCAGUGCUUGUUGGUUGGUCCGAAGUUACAACAGGACAUUGUUGAUGUCUUGAUCGGAUUCCGGACGUAUAGAGUGGCAUUUACAACGGAUAUAUGCAAGAUGUACCGCCAGAUCGAGGUAUUGCCACAAUACCGGGGGUACCAAUAUAUCCUGUGGAGGGAUUCACCGCAAGUAGUGGUGAAAGAGUACACCCUGAACACGGUCACGUACGGUGUGAAUAGUGCUCCCUAUUUAGCCCUGCGUGUACUUAGGUUUAUUGCUGAUAACGACUGCGAAGAUCUUCCAGAAGUUAAGGCUGCGCUCUAUAACCAAACGUAUAUGGAUGACAUCUGUGUUGGUGCCGAAUCUUUGGAGGCUGCAGAGCUGCUGCAGUCAAAUUUGAUCAAGACGUUCGCCAGAUCCGGCUUACAGUUGAGAAAGUGGGCAAGCAACACCCCAGAGUUACUGUGUCACCUGCCACCGGAAGAUUGCUCAAGAGAUCCCUUGACAUUCGACCAAGAGGAUGCAUCACAGGUGCUGGGCAUGAGGUGGAAUCAUGGCAAAGAUUACUUCUCCUUCCGAACUAACAAUUUUAAGUUGAUAUUGUCCAAACGCGGUGUUCUGUCAAUGAUCGCCAGGAUCUUUGAUCCAUUAGGUCUGUUAGCUCCAUCGAUCUUCUACGCUAAGACGAUCAUGCAACGCGUGUGGCUCGCACACAUUGGGUGGGAUGAUCCGCUCCCAUCGGACCUAGCUGAAGAAUGGGUUAGCUUUUAUCAUUCCCUAGGUUGGUUGACUGGAAUCGAGAUUCCUCGCUACAUCGGUUGCUCUACUGGAUGUCGUUACGACCUAUGCGGGUUCUCAGAUGCUUCGGGAAAAGGCUAUGCUGCGGUAGCAUACCUUCGCGUGACUGAUCUGUCGGGAGAUACGCGCAUCUACCUACUUGGGUCCAAGACAAAGUUGGCGCCUAUGAAGUCCAUGACAAUUCCAAGACUUGAACUUUCUGGAACAGUGUUGCUCGCACUGUGGCUGUGCAGAUUGAAGCGCGUUUUGGAAAACCAGCUGGUGAUUAAUGAGGUGUUCGCGUGGUCGGACUCAACCAUUGUGCUCGCGUGGUUGAGCAACCCUCAUUCAGCCUUUAAGACGUUCGUGUCCAACAGAGUUCAUCAGGUCAAGACUGCAAUUCCCCAGUGUCAGUGGUCUCAUGUCAGCUCAGAAGAGAAUCCAGCUGAUUGUUGCUCUCGGGGUCUUCGGCCUUCGGAACUUGUCAAGGCGUCGCUAUAUUGGAAAGGACCGUCCUUUCUAACGUCAUCAAGUGACAGCUGGCCGAAAAGUGUUGUUGAUUUAACUUUAGACCAGCUACCGGAAGUCAAGCCGGUGUGUUUGUUGACACAAGCUCAGCCAUUGAUCGAAUGGUAUGCUCGAUUCUCGUCCUUCGACAAUAUGGUCCGAGUAGUUGCUCGGCUACGUCGGUUCGUGCUCAGAUGUCAAAGGAAGGAGGUCAAAACUGGAUUUUUGCAGCAGUCGGAGUUGGACGCUGCACUGAUCGCUGUAGUGAAGUGUGCUCAGGUGUGCUUCUUGCGGGAAGUGGUGGAGUGCCUAUCCAAAGGUGAAGAAAUAAGACAUAAAUCACUCGCUCGUCUCUCGCCGUUCAUGGAUUCACACGGUGUAAUCCGUGUAGGAGGUCGGCUUAGGAAUUCGUGUUUGGCUCAACGCAGAAUCCAUCCCAUGCUUAUCCCAAAGGAGUCGCAUCUCGCCGUUCUCAUUGUUCGACAUUGGCACCAAUAUGCUUGUCACGCUAGUCCUCGGUUGCUCACCGCGGUGGUGUCGAGAAGAUUCUGGAUCGUGAACAUUCGGUUAAUUGUUCACAGGGUGAUUCGUAAGUGUACGAUCUGUGCGCGAAUCGCGAAAUCUAACCCUACACCUCAGAUGGCCGAUCUGCCAGGGUUUAGAGUUCAGGAAGCUCAUCCGUUCUCUACGGUAGGUGUCGAUUACGCGGGGCCUUUGCAGAUGAAGGAACUUAGUCUCCGGAAAGCUCGUAUCUGUAAAGUGUACAUCGCUGUCUUCGUUUGUAUGACCACCAAGGCAGUUCAUCUGGAAAUUGUGACUGCUCUGUCGACAGAUGCGUUUCUGUUGGCGUUGGAUAGGUUCGUUGCUCGUCGAGGCCUGCCUUCGUCGAUUCAUUCGGAUUGUGGCACUAACUUUGUGGGUGCGGCAAGACAGUUGCGUCGGUUGAUUAACCAUCCGGACCAUAGAGAUAGUAUCACUGCUCAUUUGCCAUGCGAGUGGCAUUUCAAUCCCCCUGGUGCUCCCCAUUUCGGUGGGAUUUGGGAAGCUGCUGUAAAAUCAGCCAAGUCGUUGCUCAUACGUACUAUGUCCUCCCAAAUUUGGACGCUAGAAGAACUCUCUACCGUGCUGUGCAGAGUGGAGGCGGCGUUGAAUUCGCGUCCGCUUGUUCCCGCUUCUUCUGAUCCAAAUGAUUUGGAGUGUUUGACUCCUGGUCACUUCCUAAUCGGUAGACCAUUGCUCUCGAUACCAGAAUCGGACGUUCCCGAUUCGCAGAGUUCCCUGCAGACUCGUUGGAAGCUCGUCCAACAGUCUUUUCGUUUCUUCUGGCGACGCUGGUCGCAAGAAUACUUGAACACUCUCCAAUCGCGUGGGAAGUGGAUCAAGUCAG